AUGAACGGAGAACAAAAAAUCCCACCACCACCAACAGAGCAUCCUGCUCUGCCACCACGUCCCCAGCAUGUCGACCCACCGCCGUACAACCCCCAAGACUACGCUGGUCAACCCAUGGGCACUCAACAAUUCGAACCACCCGCAGACCACGUUCGCCUGAGUCUGGAGCAAGAAGACGUAUCAUCCCCGAUUCACUUCACCCGAGAUCCGAAGAAGUUGAUAGGCUACCUGGUACCUUUCCCUAAACCCAAGCUACACAACGUGCCGGCAGAUCAAAUUCCUACUAGAUAUUUGAUCUACACACCACCGCCUCCGCCGAUCCGCAGCGACUGGAAGCCCAAAGAAGGCGAGAAAGAGGGGAAGAUUCACAAGGUACAACGGAAAUGGGAGCAAGAGCUUCGCGAGGCGAAGACUCAGAAUGUCAAGACGAUGUCAUGGAAAGGUGUCAAAGGCAAGGUGACCAAGGGGAUUAACUGGGGCAUGAGCCAGACCAAGACAUCCAAUUUGGAAUUCCUGAACCGUAUCGGUGGCAACCAGGAGGACGAUGCGCACGCUGAUGACGGCCACCAUGAGGGCGAGCAGACGAACAAGACCGUGAAGUUGGAAGAGAUGCUCCUUAUUUAUCCUGCUUCGCUGCCGCAGAAUCCAGAUCAGAUCCGCGAAGAAUUCGUCAACACGAUGCUUCGAUCAAAAUCAAAGGCCCAGCGAGACUCGAUCAUCGCCACGGGUCUCCUCCCCGUCUCUUUCGCCAUCGACGUUCUUGCAACGCUGAUUUGGCCCUUCGGAGGUCUGCUCGAGAUCGACGCCGUCUGGCUAUACUCGAGCAUUCGGGGUGCAAAGACGAGUCGAAGCGUGACCAAGCGCCUAUCAUCUACCUCUGACACGAACCACGACGAGGACAAACUCCACUUGAACUUCACGCCGUCAUCCCGACUGGCGGUUUUGGAAAAGUACCUUGCAACCAGGUGCCACGAGAAAGACGACAAGCUGUUCCCAAGCUAUGUGACAGCGCCCAGCGAGACGGAGGCCCUCGAAGCUAUAGGUUGGUUUCCGUCCAGCAAAGGUGGUGCGGAGAGGAAUUGGGAGGACGAGCAAUGGGAGAUCACCGAGGUGAAGGAUGAUCUCAAGAGUGUAAUGACGAAGGGAGCGAGAGAGUGGGAUAAGUGGUGCAAGGCCUAUGAGAAGCAGCCCGAGAAGGCGUUGAAGAAAUGA